AUGAUUAACCGCGGCGACACGGAUGAGCGUCGUCGGCGUCUGGAGCAGCGGCAGAAGCAAAUCGCCUACGGCAAGGAAACGGAAGGCUAUGCCAAGUACACCUGCCUCGUCCCGCGACCCUGCGACCGCGAGUACCACAACCCCCUCCACGCCCUCACCCCCCGGCCCGAGUACGACUGCAGUAAGCGGCAGUUCGACCGGGUGCUGAAUGCGUGGCGCCGGCAGCUGCAUCAGUGGGAUGACUGCGACCUCGACAACCUGGAUGAGAAGUUCUUGUCGUCGGGGAAGGCGACACUGAUGGACUUCGGACUGGCGGCGGCACCGGCCUCCACGACACACACGCCGACGACGGAUGACAAGCCCCCGCAACAGCCCACGGGUGUGAUGCAUUCCAUUGCGAAUGUGGCCGCCAUGGCCCACGACCACGACGGUGCGCGAGACGGUGGUGUUGAAGGAGGUCAGCGGGACGACGAGGAAGACGGCGGCGGUGCCUCGCACACGCGCAGUCCGGUCUUCACCGGCAACACACCAACCUCUGCGCUCUACUCCAGUGGGCUGAGCAUGCACCUUAACUCUGGUCGCGCCUCCGCGAUGACGGCGGCGGCCUGCACCCCCUCACGGCCGCAGAUGUCGGAAGGGGCAGAAGGUCCGCAGGUGGACGACUCCUUCUUUCUCCACAUGAACUCCGGCAACAGUCGCAUUGCCUCGCCGUAUCAUCCCACCUACUCCGGCACGGGACACGUCGCCAACAGCAGCUACUAUUACAACUACAACAGCGGUGGUGGUGGUGCUGGUGGCGGAGGGGCAGGGGCAGGGAACGGGCGGAGCAGCACCAACGCGUACUAUCAGCAGUUCAUGCGCAGCAACAGCUACGCCCACCACAACGGCGGCACGCCGGGCAGCAACUACGCCAUGCACAUCGGGCUGACACCGGCCCACCGCCCACCGAGCCGCAACAGCGUGCCGCAUCACAUCACCGCCAUUUUCAACUCCGAGUACGAGCUGAUGGCGCCCUCGGGUCCUGGCUCGCCAUCUGGCAUGCCGCACAACCCGCGCAGCGGCGGCAGCCCGUACCGGCUGGGGGAGCCGUGGAUGCCGAACCGUCGCAGCCCGACCUACGCGAUGUCCUCCGCGGCCCAAUGCGCCGGACACCGUGGCACCGGCAGCCCCGCCAACCACAACCACAGCAAUACGACGCCAACCGCCUCCACCUCCACCACCGCCGCGCCGCCCAACAUCACCACCGCGAACAGCGCCGGCACGAUAGUGAUGACAGGCACGCGGGGGGAGUCGCCACCGCAGACGACGGAGCUGGCGCUCAUUCCGAGCACCUCUCAGUCGAGCAGCGGCGGCUUCGCGCAGUCGCCCUACGGAUUUCGGGUACACUCACCGGUGCAGCCACAGCAGCAGCAGCCGCAAACGUCUCAGCCGGUCGCCUACGCCACCCCCCUCACACGCCCGCAGAGUCGGCCCGGACUGACGGCGAUCCAGAGCCAGCUCUCGACCAGCCCCAGCCGCAGCCCCAUCGGCCUGCCACCGCAGCAGCGGGAGCGGGUGGCCAUUGCCAUCACCAUGGCCGCUGCUGCGCGGUCGCGGCGGGGCAGCGGGUUGGUCGCCGCACCGACUACCUGGACGCCGCCGAAUCCGCAGGCACAGGUGCGGCCCAGUCCCCAUACCCCGCAGCUGCACCUCGCCGUCACCCCGCUUUCCACGAAACGACCUGAGGCACAGGAUUGA